AGUUUUCCAAGAUAGGUAGGUACAAGGUAGUAUUAUAUAAACAAAUUUUCUAAACUUUUUCACUCUAAGGCCACUAGCUAGAAAGAGAAGAAACUAAGAUGGAUUUUACAACUACAGAUGAAAUUGCAUCCAAGUUCAAAUUCAACUCUGGUAGGCUUCAUGAGCUAAAAGCAUUUGAUGAUACAAAAGCUGGUGUUAAAGGUCUUGUUGAUGAAGGUGUUAUCAAAAUCCCAACCUUAUUUCAUCAUCCACCUGAUAAGUUUGAAAAGGCCACAAAUUCAUCCAACACACAACACAACCUUAUUCCUGUUAUAGACUUUGCAAAUAUUGGUAAAGAUUCAAUUACAAGGCAAGAAAUUAUAAGCAAAGUAAAAGAAGCUUCUGAGACAUGGGGUUUUUUUCAAUUGGUCAAUCAUGGAAUUCCUUUGAGUGUUCUUGAGGAUAUGAAAGAUGGGGUGCUUAGAUUCUAUGAACAAGAUUUUGAGGUGAAAAAAGAGUUAUAUUCUAGAGAUCAAACAAGGUCAUUGAUUUAUAAUAGUAAUUUUGAUUUGUAUAGUAAUUCACCAGCUCUUAAUUGGAGGGAUACUUUUGCUUGUCACUUGGCUCCUAAUACUCCAAAACCAGAAGAUUUUCCAGUAGUAUGCAGGGAUAUACUUCUAGAAUAUGGAGAACAUAUAAUGAAACUUGGAAUGACAGUCUUUGAAUUACUGUCAGAAGCUCUUGGAUUGGAUAAAGAUCAUGUAAAAAACUUAGGCUGUUCUGAGGGUAUUAUGUUACUUUGCCAUUACUAUCCUGCUUGUCCUGAACCAGAAUUAACUAUGGGAACCACCAAACAUUCUGACAAUAGUUUUCUCACAUUGCUUCUUCAAGAUCAUAUUGGUGGCCUCCAAGUUCUUCAUAAGGACAAGUGGUUUGAUAUACCUCCAAUACCUGAGGCUCUUGUUGUUAAUAUUGGUGAUCUUCUGCAGCUUGUAACAAAUGACAAAUUCAAGAGUGUUGAACAUAGAGUACUAGCAAAUAGUAUUGGUCCAAGAAUAUCUGUUGCAUGUUUUUUCAUGGCAGAUCAUAGAUCAAAAGAAAAACUCUAUGGACCUAUAAAAGAAUUAUUAUCACAAGACAAUCCUCCAAGAUACAGAGAAACCAAUUUUGCUGAUUAUGUAGACUACUACAAAGCAAAAGGGCUUGAUGGCACUUCUUCUCUUCAACAUUUCAAGCUUUGAGUUGGAUGAUGUGGAUUAAGCUGUUUUAUUUAGCAUGAUAAAUUAAUAAACUAGAUUAGUUGGAAAAUAAUAACAAUUUUCAUUUUUAAUAUAAUUGUAGAUCUUAUUAUUGUACUUUGAAAUGUGUGCUAUAUAUGCCUAUGCCUUGCAACUAAUA